AUGAACGAUGAGGAGGUUCUCUCCGAGAUGAAGAAGAUGGUGGCCUUCAUCAAACAAGAAGCAGUCGAAAAGGCUCGCGAGAUCCAGAUCAAGGCCGACGAAGAGUUUGCCAUCGAGAAGGCCAAGAUCGUUCGUCAGGAGGCUAUCAACAUUGACGCGCAACACGAAAAGAAGACAAAGCAGGCCGAGACCGCUCAGAAGAUUGCUCAGUCGAACCAGACCAACAAGUCACGAUUGAAGAUCCUCCAAACUCGUGAACAGCACCUCCAGUCUCUGUUUGACGCUGCACGAGAGAAGCUCGACGACAUUGCAAAGGAUCAGGAAAAGUACAAGUCGCUUUUGGCUCAGCUCAUCCUCCAGGGAUUGCUUCAACUCAUGGAGUCCAAGGUGACCGUCACAGUAAAGUCGAACGACGUGCAGAUCGCCCAGGAUGCCGCGAAGCAGGCCGAAAGGGACUUUAAGGAGAAAUCGGGCAAGUCGACCAGCGUCACUGUUCAGGAAGGUCUCGACAAGGACAGCGCCGGAGGCGUGCUGCUCGCAGGUCACGCUGGAAAGAUCACCAUCAACAACACGCUCGACGAGCGUCUUCGUCUUCUCGAAGACCGCAUGCUUCCCGAGAUCCGACUCGAUCUGUUCGGUCCCAACCAGAACCGCAAGUGA